AUGAAGGUUACGGUUAGUGUUAAGGAGAAUGACGAGAUGUCACAAGAAGAACUAGUAUCGAUAUCACCAAGUACUUCUAUGUCAAUUGACGAAUCAUUGGGCGAAGAGGAUCAUUCUGAGGAACGCGACCUGAAUGCAAGUGGUCGUAAACGGUACAAGUUAACGGAAAGGAGGUCAGUAUUGGCAUGUAUAAGAUGUAGACGAAGGAAAACGAAGUGUCUGGGCCUGUAUCCAUGUCAAACUUGCAUUCGAUUCAAUCAUAUGUGUGAAUAUCCUAGAAAACCCAAGAGAAUUCAGAUUUAUGAUAUUGAAGUGGAGCAAUAUCAAAUGCAAAUUCAACAAUUGAAGUCUGAAUUAGAUAUGAUCAAAUCUUCAACUUCAUCCACUUCACAUUCGAUUACUAUCGCCCCAUCAUCAACUUCAAGUUAUAAUGAUGAUUCUGAUGCUCCUGAUAUCUCUGUGUGGCUAGGAUCGGGAUCAUGCGAGUUGAUAUGUUGGAAUCUAAAACAAUUCACUUCAAAACAAUUUAUUAAUAGUCAAUUGCCGGUCAAUAGUCCUGAUUUUAAUACUUUUAUUGAAGAGAAAACAUAUAAUUAUCUAUUUGCAAGUAAUCAUCAACAUUAUAGUGAAAAUGUUACUGAAAGUAUACUUCAAAGUAUAACUCUUCCGGAAAGUUUAAAAUUAUUUGAUGCUGUGAUUUCAUUCAUAAAUGUGGGGUAUUUGACUAUCACCAAUAUUGAACAGUUUAAACUCAAACUAAAUCAAUUAUUUAAUUCUAAUGGUGGGAAGUUACCAUUAAAGGUCAUAACGUCCAAUGAUAGAUACUUCAUAUUAAAAUUAUUAAUGAUACUAUCGUUAGGUGAAAUUUAUGAUAGGAAGUUGACCAUAGGAAGGAAGAAAAAGAAGAGUCAUACUAUCAAAAAAGAACAAUUACCAGGAUUAAAAUAUUUUAAAAUUGUUUUGAAUCAUUUACCAUCGCCAUUUUAUUACUACGAUGAUUAUAAAUCCCUUGAGAAUAUGAUUGAAAUCAUUGAAUUAUUAGGAUUGAUUUCAAUUUAUUUAAGAAUGAUAGAUAAGAAGACAUUAGCCGUUUCAUUCACUUUACAAUCUUUACAGUUAUGCAUAUCGUUAAAUCUCCAUAAAGAAUCCAGUUUAAGAUCAUUUGAAAUCAAUAAUGAUAAUUUAAGUAAUCAAUAUUUGAAUAAACUAUGGUGGAAAACCUUUUGUUUAAAUCGAUUUUAUAGUGUUAGAAUCAGUCAACCAUUAUUAUUACAUUUAAAUGAUAUUUCAAAUGAUGAAUAUAAUAAUGUUAAAGAUUCAUCUAUAGUCCCUACUUCAAGUGAUGAUUAUGCCAAUGAAACUUGUAUGAAAUUUUAUAUUGAAUUAGCAAAGAUAAGUGAUAGAAUCACCAAUGAAUUAUAUAAAUCAAAUACCACUACCAAACAAAAUAAAUCCCAAUAUCUUAGGUCCAUCAUAUCUAUUAUGGAAAUAUUGAUUAAUUGGAUUAAUAACAUUCCACCAUUCUUACGAUUAAAUCUUCAUCAAGUUAGUGAUAAUGAUCGACUGAUAUAUUCAUUACAUUUAAAUUAUCUACAUCAUAUUUAUUUAACUAAUAUUCCAAUGUUGAUAAACCUAGUUAAGUUUAAAAUCAUAAAUUAUUAUAAACAUAAUCAAUUCCAACUGCAUGAAGGACAAUCAUUCUUUCCUACCAAUAUUAAGAAUUUGAUUAAUUCAAUUUUAAAUUCAAGUAAAUUAACCAUUAAUAUAUUCCUAUCAUUAAUUAAUCGAAAUAAAUUAACUAUAUUUGGGAUGACAGAUUUAGAUUUUUUAUUUAGUUGUUCAUUGGUGUUUUUAAUUUGUUUGAUAUUGAUUAACGAAGGUGAUGAUAAAGAUGAUAUUCAAAAUUAUUUAAAAACAGGGUUAAAUAUCAUAAAUGAAAUGAAAUUAAGUGGGAAUCUUAUUGCCAAGGGGAAAUUAUUUCAAAUUGUUGAAUUAAUCUUAUCAUUAAAGAAAUUAUUGAUUGAUUUAGGAUAUCAAGAUUUAAUUAAUCAUAUGAAUAUGUUUCAACAUGAUGCAAGUGAAUGGCUGCAAGUUGAUGAAGAAAAAAUUACCAUAAACAAAACUGCUUCUUCUAUAUCCUUAUCAACAAGUACAACUUCUAUAACUGAUACUACGACUAAUAGUGAUAUAAUUAAUUAUCAAUAUCAAAUUAAUGAUAUACUUGAUUGUACCUUUUUAAGUACACUACCACCGGCCAGUACUACUACUACCACCACUACAACGGUUGAAAAUACAUCAAAUAGUGGCGGUGCACAUACUCCAACCCCAUUUUUAUAUAAUCUUACGGAAGAAGAUAUCAACUUUAUGGAACAAUUCUUUAUAGAUUUUUAA